GGGCCGGGCUGGGACCGGCUGGUCGGGGCGUUCAGGAAUGGAGACCGCGCCCGGGAGCGCCCCGUCCUCCUCCGCCGUGGCGUUCCGGCUGGCGCUGGCUGCUCCCGGGCUGCCCGACGGUCCCUUCGGCUGCCCCAUCUGCCUCGAUUUGCUAAAGGACCCGGUGACCGUCCCCUGUGGGCACAACUUCUGCCAGGGCUGCCUGGGGGCACUCCGCCAGCGGCCGGGCCCCCCCGACGGCAGCGGCGGGGCGGGCGGGGCUGCCCGUUGCCCGCUCUGCCAGGAGCCCGUCCCCGCCACAUUGCGGCUCUGCAAGAACCGAGCCCUCUGCGAGGUGCUGGCAGCCGCCACCGCCGGUUUGUCUCCUCCGUCCCCACCCUCCGCCGGAUCCCCCAUGGCCCCGGGAGCCGAGGAAGAGGAGGAUGCAGCGGGGGAGGAAGGAACGACGGUGCUGUGCGAUGUCUGCCCGGCGGGAUCGAGGGCGGCGGCGGCGCGGUCCUGCCUGGUCUGCCUGGCCUCCUUCUGCGGGGCCCACCUGGAGCCCCACCGCCGCGCCCCCGCCUUCCGUGCCCACCGCCUGGUAGCCCCUCUGCGGCGUCUGGAGGAGGGGCUCUGCCCCCGCCACCUCCAGCCCCUCGACGGCUUCUGCCGCACCGAGCAAACCUGCGUCUGCGCCCGCUGCCGCACACACGAGCAUCGCGCACACGACGUGGUGCCCCUGGAGCGGGAGCGAGAGCACAAGGAGGCCCAAAAAGCCAAAUUCCUCAGUGAUGUGGAGAACAAGCUGGAGGAGCUGUCAGUCACCAUUGCACAGGCCAAGAAGAUGGUGGAACUCAUUAAGAGCACUGCCACGAAGGAGAGAGAAAAAGUCAAGAAGCUUUUUGCAGAAGCCUCUGAGGUCCUGGAGACCUUCCAAAAGGAAGUGGCUGGUUUCAUCAAGGAUGGGGAGUGCUCCAUGCUGGGGGAGGCUGAGGCUGAUCUCUGCUGGAAGGAGGAGAGGCGAACCAAGUUGGCCCAGUGCAAGCAAAACCUGGAGAACGUCCCCAGCACUGACACCAUCUACUUCCUCCAGGAAUUUCAGGCCUUAAAAGUAGCCAUGGAAGAAAACCUCUCCCCGGCUCUGAGCUUCCAGAAGGAGCUGAACUUCACCAAAUGUGCCCAAGCCGUGGGUGCUGUGAAGGAUGUGCUGUCUGCUGCCUGCAAAAAGCAGUGGGACCACUUGCAGAAAGGAAUUGAUGAGUUCAUUGAGGAGGUUGUGCCAGCCAAGUCCCCAUCUCCAGAGAAGUUGAACAAUCCUGCCUGCCUGGAGAGCCGUGAUUACUUCCUGAAAUUUGCCUUCAUCAUUGACCUGGACAGUGACACAGCUGACAAGUUCAUCCAGCUGUUUGGCACCAAAGGAGCCAAGCGAGUGCUUAGUCCCAUCCCCUACCCAGAGAGCCCGACCAGGUUCAUCAACUGCGAGCAGGUGCUGGGUGUUAACCUCAUGAACCGGGGCAACUACUACUGGGAGGUGGAGCUCAUUGAUGGAUGGGUCAGCAUGGGUGUCAUUGUUGAGGACUUUGACCCUGAGGAGUCCUACAACCGCGGUCGCCUGGGGAGGAACGAGCAGUCCUGCUGCCUGCAGUGGAACGGACAGAACUAUGUGGCCUGGUUUGGUGGAUUCGAGUCCGUCAUCCAGCAGCCAUUUUUCCAAACAAUUGGGGUCUUCCUGGAAUAUUCAGAGAAAGCCCUGACCUUCUAUGGAGUCAAGGACUCCAAGAUGACCUGCCUGCAGCACCUCAAGGCCUCUCCUUUUGCCAAGGGUCAGUUUGACCCAUUCCAGAACAAGAUCAACCAGCAAUUCUCCUUUCUUUUCUUGCACAAGCUGAAACCAGCCUUCUUCCUGGAGAGUGUUGAUGCCCACCUGCAGAUUGGGCCUCUGAAGAAAGAUUGUGUUUCAGUGCUCAAGCGUAGGUAACUGCCUGGGAUGUGGGAGCACGGGAAGACCUAAAGAGUCUCUCCUGCAGUCUGUUGUCACUGUCACGGCUUCUCCUUGGUAUUGUUGUAUCUCUCUUUGGCAGCCUUCCCUUCCUGCUCUGUGCUGCUAGUGACCCAGGGGUGGAUGAAGCUGUCUGGGAGGGAGCUGGAUCCCAGUGCCAGCCCUGCUGCUGGGUUGCUCAGUGAACUUGGGAGACUGUCUGUGCUGCUCCCUGCCCCUCAGUUUCCCUUUCUGGGCAUCAGGGACCGUGACACAGCCUUUCUUGGUAAAGCACAUUGCUUAGGAGAAGUGCCAUGUAUUUUUGAAGCUGUCUCUCGGCCAGCUGCCAGGCUGCCUGGUCCCUCUCCUUAAUAUCUGCUUGCACUGCCCUGGUGACUUGCACAGAUGUUCUGCUUUGUGCCUUAUCUCAGUCCCUGUGUUGCUGAUGAUGCUUUUUAAAGCGCUGGCUCAUUGUCACCUUCUGCAUACUCCUUAUGAAGUGCCUUUGAAGCCUGGUAUGGACCAGGUGAACCCCCAAAGCAGAUGCAGUCUGUUCCCCAGUGCCCACAUCACCAUCAUGCCUUGGGAUGGGUAAGCAGGGUGCUCCAAGGGGGUGGGAUGCAGAAGAGCCUGGCUGGGUGCAGGAGUGAUGCUGCAGUGACAGAGGAGGGAUACUGUGGUGACACAGAACCUCUCCCCACAGGACUAAUCACCACCAUUAGUGCUGCAAAGGUGAAAUGAGGAUCUUCGCCCUCCCUCUUGCUGCAGCCGGUGGGAAAAGCUGUUGUCCUGUGUGUGCUGUUCCCCAGCAUAGCCAGAAAUUCCAGCUGGGAAAGGAUAGAAGCCUCCUGCCAAGGAGCAGCAGCAUCGUUCAUGCCUUGAGAUGGCAAAGCGAGCAGCACAGAACACCUCUGAAGAUGUGCUUUUAGUUAAACAUGUUCCUCGGGAACUGCUUACAGAAGCUUUACAGCCGAAUUUCUCUCACCCCCAAACAUUUUUGAUGGCCCUGCUAUUUUAGAGGAUUUUGAUAUUUAAAUUCCCAGCCUUUAAGGUGCCCUGGGAACACUUGAGCUGUAAAUGCUCGCCGCAGCUUGGGUUUUAAGUGACAAAGAAGUGCCUUGAAUAUAUCCCAAUGGAAAAUGGUGCAUUUUAGGGGCAGCUGUGAGUGCACCUAUAGAAGAUGCAGCAGCAGUCAUUAUCAAGUGACCCUUUAGACUCUGGCAGGAGAUAACAAUUAACAAAAACUACUCUCAAGCAAACUUCCCCUCCAGGAAAGGUGGAAACUUCAGGCUGAGAGCCAAAAAUGCCAAUUCAUGUGUCCCAAGGGAGCUUUUCCAGCAAAAAAAUAGAGAAACCCUGCCUGUAUGGGCAGUACAGCACAGCCCCUGUCUCAGCACAGUGUACCUUUCCAUAAGUUUAUUUUUCCUGGGAUUAGUUUGCUACCUACCUCCCAAAGCUUGCUUUACAGAAUCACAGUGCUGUGUAAUAUAUACCUAGAGAGAAAAUAUAUGAGGUCAGGUUCUUUGCUGGCAUGAGUGAGUCAGUCAUGAUGCAUCAGCCCUCAGCAGGGAUGGAAAAUGGUCUGUUUAGCUAAAUAUAUAAAAUAUAUAUAUAUAUAUUCCUCAAAGGAUAAGCUGGAAAUUAUAGUGGUAUAUUCAAGGGGAAAGAAGGGAAAAAAGCAAACAUGAAUAAAAAGGCAGCCACAUUGACAAGAGGUUAAAGUUAAAGCCACAUUUACAUAAACACUGAAGCUUCAAGAGCUGUUUAACUGUAACUCGUGUGCCAGCACUGCCAGUUGUCACAGAGCUGGGGAGAGGUGCUGGACCCCUGCAAGCAGCUACCACUGUAGGCUCUCUUUGGAGGGGCUGAAGGGUCUGAAUGCAACUGCCCACUCCCCAGGGCAAGGCAGGUGAGUUUUUCUGACAGGAGGAUUGCUUCUCUUCCUCCUCCUCUGCAUGCAGUGACUGGAGUAUUCAGAGUAUUCUGGAGUAUUCCAGUAACCUGGAGCAUUGUGUGUGGUUCUGGGCUCCCCAGUUCAAGAAAGACAAAGAACUAGCUUCUGGAGAGAAUACAGCACAGGGCCACUAAGCUGAUGAAGGGACUGGAGCAUCUGCCCUGUGAGGAAGGGCUAAGAGGGCUUGGGUUUAGCUUGGAGAAGAGGAGGCUGAGGGGGAUCCCAUCAAUGUUAAUGAAUAUCUAAAGUGUGGAUGCAGGAGGGUGGGUCUGGACUCUUGAUGUCUCGUGGUGUCCAGUGACAGAACAAGGGGUAAUGGAUACAAACUGGCACACGAGAUUUAAAAUAAAAUCUUCUUCACUCUGAGUUUAACAACUCUGGAAUAAAUUGCCCAGGGAGGUUGUGGAGUCUCCAUCCCUGUAGACAUUCAAGACCUGCCUGGAUGUAUUCCUCUCAAACCAGCUCUAGGUGAUCCUGCUCUAGCAAGGGGGUUGGACUAGAUGUUCCUCAGAAGUCCCUUCCAACCCCUCACUAUUCUGUGAUUCUGUGACUCCUAAAAUACUGCAGGUGGUGGGAAAAGGGGAGGUAGGGCUGCCAGAGUGAAAUCUUCAGAUGAAGUCUUGGCCUUUUUCCAGCGUGUGGGAAUGCUGCCCAGACUUCUGUCCCAAUGGGAAUUCCCUCCACAUGUCCCAAGCUCCUACCUCAAAACCUCUUUUGUUUGUUCAGUUCCCUGCAUGGCUCAGUCUUUGCAGGAGAUGUCAACAGUGACAUAGCACAGGCAUUGCUGUUGUUUUGCCAACACCAGGGAGGAUUUGCUAUCAGAAAUACACUACCAGAUAAGAAAAGGAAAGACGUGCUUGAUGACAUCCCGAGAGGAUGAAAAGGUAACCUGGCUCUCUGCUGCAUGCCUGCAGGAAGAGAUCUCAGAUGCGGGCUCCCAUCUCAACUCUGUCUGUGCCAUAAAUCUCAUUUAUUCAGGCAAAACUCCCACUGUUCGCAGCAGGAGGUUUGCCAGAGUAAACAGAGCAGACCUGGGCCUUCACCCUGUUUUCAUUUUGCUGUAGGCAAAUUGAUUGCUCCAUGGGGAAACUUGUGCUGGAGCCAUGCAGCCCUCCCUUCUCUGUGUUGCCCAACACUCAGACACAAGGUUCUGAACUCCUUCAGGGUUUGGGUUGGUUCAGGGGGCUCCUGUGUCUUUCCCCAUCCUGUGGCAGUGUGUGAGCAGCUCAGCUCAGGAGGACGUGUCUGGUGUUGAGGCUUUGGCCACCACUUCUGUUUGAUUCACCUCUGCCCCGAGAGCCCAGAUGCUGGUGCCCAGCUUUGCAGCAGGUUUAGAGGGCUCCUGGGGAUGGGAUGCCGUAGGGAGGCACUGCCCAACCCUCUUCUUCCUGCUGCUUGCUUUUAUCAUGGUUGGUAACUCUAAAAUUCUGAUGGUUUAGGACAUAAAGCAAAUUCUGACCCAUUGAAGGAGCAAUCCCCUUAGGCUGCUGGACCAGAAGUUGCUCUGUGUUGCCAAUAAUUUGGGGUGUAAACUGGAACAGUUAGGAUAAUGUGAACUAUGCCAGCUCUGGAUUGCUGGCUCUGCCACAAACAAAGGUAUGUGGUGUGUGAUGAGUUUAGAUGGACACAUAGCACUUGGCAAUGUAAACAGCCUUUUCAUGUUCCCUUGAGCGAUUUCUGCCGUCACAGAGUGUUCCUCUUUUUAUUUAGGAUAUUUUACAGUCUGUGAAAAAAACUGUAACAGAAUAAUAUAAUGAUGUUAGAGAUUAUGAUUUGCCAUUAAACAAUAUACAG